AUGUCUCCGGCUGAAAUACUGGUCGGGGGCGCUUCGAAACAAGCCGGUAUUGACCAGCAUGCAGAGGGUUCCAAGGGAAGAGAAAUGAGUGUCACCGCCACUGACAGCGGUGUCAUUCUGGCGUGCAAGAGCGGGCCCGCAACAGGAGCAGUUUUCUACACAUUCGUGCUAGACGAUGGCUCUUUGAGAGAAUGUACAAACCAGGACAUCAUCCUCAAUGGGAAUGACCUGUCGUCAGGGAGAGAAAAAUACCCGCACCUGAAUAUAGUAGGUGCUAUUACACUGUUAUAUCCAUUGCAUGCUGGACUUUAUAUUUGUUUAUUUGCAGCGAGUUGGUUAGAUUAAAAAAUAGGUGUAAUAUGUUAUUCAUCUCCCCCCUAUUCACUUUUGUAUCAAUCGAGUUUUCACAUGAGCAACAUUUUUGCCUAAAAGCCUACUGUUGCAUGCACUGGGGAAACAAACAACAUAACCAGCCGCUCUGACUUUUCUGAUGAUAUGAAUCGGUUACUUUUUAAAGUGAAAAUAUAGGUCAGGCAGGCUUUGCGACAAACCCAAGUUAAUUAUAGCCUAAAUGCAACUAGUAUGUAUGACGAAUAUAAUCUGUUAAAAUGGCGGCUCAUUGCAUGUUCAAAGUUUAAAGGAAAAAGGGCUGUGACUCCAAACUAAAUCCCCCUCCCCCAUAGCGACCGGUUUGCCUGCCAGAAUUUCAGCAGGGAGGUAUCGAGAGCAAUGAUUCAGAAAUACACUAGAUGACUUAUUGGGGGCGCUGUGUUGAAUCCACCGUGCCUCCAUCUUAGCACUCCCCAACAUUUCAGUCGUUUAGCAGAUGCUCUUAUCCAGAGUGCAUACAUUUUCAUACCCCACUAUUGUAACAAAUAUUUUGGAAGAUAUAGAAUUGCAUUUAUUAAUGUCUACAUUAGUUUUUGCCAUAUUUAUUCUUUUACAGAAACCUUAAUGUGUAUAUAAAAAAAUAUAUAAAAACAUUUUCCUUAAAGUAUCAUUUUUAGAUCUUACGAAUGUUACUGUCCCCUCUAUAACCCCCGCCCGAAAAUACCUCUACAUUUUCUUCUUGAAACGUUUAAUUGCAAUAAUGUAGAAUGCCAUUCAUUCCUAUGGAGGACUGCUCCUACUGGGGAAUGCCAAUAUUGCCGACCCUUCAAAGCCUCUUAAUGGCCAAUACAUAUCAUUAGCAAUCCAGGGUUUAUAUACAUCAUUGACCAAGACCCUGCUUUGAGGGGAAGAAAAACAAGUGUUGCUUAAGAAAAAAUAAAUACAAAAUCUAUGCAUGUCAGAUAUGUUGUAUUGUCCCAAGACAUUCACACACACAAAUAUAGUUUAAAUUAGAGUGGACAAUGUCCUACCAGUGAAUGUCUAGUUUAUGUUAUAUGCCUAAAUAUUUGGUUUAGUUUCCCUGGCACUGUUUCCACAUGCUAACAUGUUAGUGUUUGUGGCACAAAUCCCAUUCAAGUCAUGGGACUGAUAUUAUAAUUUUUCUUGUUACUUUUUUGAGCUUCACAAUCAAUUUGAGAUACUUUUAGAUGAUUUGGACAUGAUUAGGUCAGCCAAAUUACCGCGGUCACUGUUAUAAUCAUUUCAUAUAAGCAUUUCACUGUAGUGUUUUACACAUGCUGUAUCCUGUGCAUCAUAGGUGAAAUUGCCACGGGGGAUGGGGGGACAUGUCCCUCCCAAUAUUCCGUACAGGUCGAUUCUUCCCCCCCAAUAGGCUAAUAUCUUUCAAAUCGAAAAAAUAUACAGUACCAGUCAAAAGUUUGGACACACCUACUCAUUCAAGGGUUUUUCUUUAUUUUUACUAUUUUCUACAUUGUAGCAUAAUAGUGAAGACAUCAAAACUAUGAAAUAACACAUGGAAUCAUGUAGUAACCCAAAAAGUGUUAAACAAAUCAAAAUAUAUUUUAGAUUCUUCAAAGUAGCGACCCUUUGCAUUGAUGACAGCUUUGCACAGUCUUGGCAUUAUCCAUAAUAAUCUCAUCAUAGAGACUAGCCUACCAGCACAGCUUCUCGCACUGUAUCUGCGAGCUGUUGGUUAGAGUGCACGUGCCAAGACCAGAGUAGGCACAUUUUCUAUUUAACGCAACAGUUUUUGUGACAAAACUAUUGGUAGAGUUGAAAAUGUGAUGGAAACGCAUUGAACUUGAAAUUUUUAUUCGGUACAUGAAAACUUAAGUGAGUACAUUUUUAUCCCCAAACAAGUCAGUUGUGUGGAAACACAUCACUAGUGGGAAGAUGUGCACAUUGUCUUUAUGCAGAUUUUUGAAUAUUCGCAUGAAAAUCUGUCGCCAAUUGGAUGGAAACCUAGUUAAUAUGAGUGAAAUAGUUCCCCUUCCAAAAUAUUUUAAAUAAGUAUGUUAAAAAGCAGCUUUUCUGUGUUGGAAUAAAUGCGGUAAAGAGGUCAGUGGAACAGAGACCAUAGGGGAUAGAAGAAGGAUGCUGGAGUGGCGCACAUUCAACAAAUCCGAUCUAACAAAGUGGAUAUUCGUAAAAUCCGUCAUGAUUGAUGUAUUGUAACAGACCCACAAUGUGGUUACUAAAGUCUGAUUGAAAUAUAUUUGGCUGUUUUCACUGCAUAACAUUUAGAAGUAGUCCAUUUUCAGGUUGUGAAGAAGUGACUGGACUUCUAAAUGCUAACUCCCGUUUGUAUAUCUGGUAACAUAGCUAGCAUAGAGAAAUUGGUGGUGGUAUUCAAAGUAAAUUUUUACUGUAAUCCAGUUGAUUGGUGACAAUGACAUGAACAUGUAUUGGGGUUGACAUCCAUACAAGCAAUAUAAGAUUUUUACCUCAACAUAGUGUGAAAUAGUGCAAAUGUUCUCUCAUCCUCAUGGCAAAAUGUGAAGAAUAGUAUGAGAUGAGCUAUAAAACAGCACAUUUUUCUCUCUACCCCAUGGCAAAAUGUUUAGAAUUCCAGGAUAUUAGCUUUAAAACUCCCCCCCCCCCAAAAUCAGACUCAUUACAAAAUGUGUAAAAUAGCAUUAUAAAGCUGCAAAUUUUUUUUAUCUCUGCCCCAUGACAAAAUGUGUUGAAAUGCAGAAAGUUAGUGGUGGUUGGGAGGCCUUCCACUUAUACUGUGUUUUUAAAAUACCCCUCCAUAUACCCCUUAAAAUACCCCUCAAGAGAGGCAUGAUAAGUCAAACUGUGUAGAAUUGCAGUUAAUGCAGAGUACCCCUCGGACAGCCCGUCUACUGUCCCCCCCCCCCCCCCCCCCCCCCCCUAAUAUCUACACCCCUUGCCGUGCAUUUGACUAUAAAACUUAAAAAAUCAUUGAAUAAAAAAAAAAAAGUACAAUUUAAAAAAAUUCUGACCUAUACAGUGAGGGAAAAAAGAUUUGAUCCCCUGCUGAUUUUGUACAUUUGCCCACUGACAAAGAAAUUAUUAGUCUAUAAUUUUAAUGGUAGGUUUAUUUGAACAGUGAGAGACAGAAUAACAACAAAAAGAUCCAGAAAAACGCAUGUAAAAAAUGUUAUAAAUUGAUUAGCAUUUUAAUGAGGGAAAUAAGUAUUUGACCCCCUCUCAAUUAGAAAGAUUUCUGGCUCCCAGGUGUCUUUUAUACAGGUAAUGAGCUGAGAUUAGGAGCACUCUCUUAAAGGGAGUGCUCCUAAUCUCAGCUUGUUACCUGUAUAAAAGACACCUGUCCACAGAAGCAAUCAAUCAAUCAGAUUCCAAACUCUCCACCAUGGCCAAGAACAAAGAGCUCUCCAAGGAUGUCAGGGACAAGAUUGUAGACCUACACAAGGCUGGAAUGGGCUACAAGACCAUCGCCAAGCAGCUUGGUGAGAAGGUGACAACAGUUGGUGCGAUUAUUCGCAAAUGGAAAAAACACAAAAUAACUGUCAAUCUCCCUCGGCUUGGGGCUCCAUGCAAGAUCUCACCUCGUAGAGUUGCAAUGAUCAUGAGAACAGUGAGGAAGCCCAGAACUACACGGGAGGAUCUUGUCAAUGAUCUCAAGGCAGCUGGGACCAUAGUCACCAAGAAAACAAUUGGUAACACACUGCGCCGUGAAGGACUGAAAUCCUGCAGUGCCCGCAAGAUCCCCCUGCUCAAGAAAGCACAUAUACAGGGAAGUCUGAAGUUUGCCAAUGAACAUCUGAAUGAUUCAUAGGAGAACUGGGUGAAAGUGUUGUGGUCAGAUGAGACCAAAAUGGAGCUCUUUGGCAUCAACUCAACUCGCCGUGUUUGGAGGAGGAGGAAUGCUGCCUAUGACCCCAAGAACACCAUCCCCAACGUCAAACAUGGAGGUGGAAACAUUAUGCUUUGGGGGUGUUUUUCUGCUAAGGGGACAGGACAACUUCACCGCAUCAAAGGGACGAUGGACGGGGCCAUGUACUGUCAAAUCUUGGGUGAGAACCUCCUUCCCUCAGCCAGGGCAUUGAAAAUGGGUUGUGGAAGGGUAUUCCAGCAUGACAAUGACCCAAAACACAUGGCCAAGGCAACAAAGGAGUGGCUCAAGAAGAAGCACAUUAAGGUCCUGGAGUGGCCUAGCCAGUCUCCAGACCUUAAUCCCAUAGAAAAUCUGUGGAGGGAGCUGAAGGUUCGAGUUGCCAAACGUCAGCCUCAAAACCUUAAUGACUUGGAGAAGAUCUGCAAAGAGGAGUGGAACAAAAUCCCUCCUGAGAUGUGUGCAAACCUGGUGGCCAACUACAAGAAACGUCUGACCUCUGUGAUUGCCAACAAGGGUUUUGCCACCAAGUACUACGUUAUGUUUUGCAGAGGGGUCAAAUGCUUAUUUCCCUCAUUAAAAUGCAAAUCAAUUCAUAAAAUUUUUGACAUGCGUUAUUCUGGAUUUUUGUUGUUGUUAUUCUGUCUCUCACUGUUCAAAUAAACCUACCAUUAAAAUUAUAGGCUGAUCAUGUCUUUGUCAGUGGGCAAACGUACAAAAUCAGCAGGGGAUCAAAUACUUUUUUCCCUCACUGUGUGUGUGUGUAUAUAUAUAUAUAUAUAUACAGUGGGGGAAAAAAGUAUUUAGUCAGCCACCAAUUGUGCAAGUUCUCCCACUUAAAAAGAUGAGAGUCCUGUAAUUUUCAUCAUAGGUACACGUCAACUAUGACAGACAAAUUGAGGAAAAAAAAUCCAGAAAAUCACAUUGUAGGAUUUUUAAUGAAUUUAUUUGCAAAUUAUGGUGGAAAAUAAGUAUUUGGUCACCUACAAACAAGCAAGAUUUCUGGCUCUCACAGACCUGUAACUUCUUCUUUAAGAGGCUCCUCUGUCCUCCACUCGUUACCUGUAUUAAUGGCACCUGUUUGAACUUGUUAUCAGUAUAAAAGACACCUGUCCACAACCUCACAGUCACACUCCAAACUCCACUAUGGCCAAGACCAAAGAGCUGUCAAAGGACACCAGAAACAAAAUUGUAGACCUGUACCAGGCUGGGAAGACUGAAUCUGCAAUAGGUAAGCAGCUUGGUUUGAAGAAAUCAACUGUGGGAGCAAUUAUUAGGAAAUGGAAGACAUACAAGACCACUGAUAAUCGCCCUCGAUCUGGGGCUCCACGCAAGAUCUCACCCCGUGGGGUCAAAAUGAUCACAAGAACGGUGAGCAAAAAUCCCAGAACCACACGGGGGGACCUAGUGAAUGACCUGCAGAGAGCUGGGACCAAAGUAACAAAGCCUACCAUCAGUAACACACUACGCCGCCAGGGACUCAAAUCCUGUAGUGCCAGACGUGUCCCCCUGCUUAAGCCAGUACAUGUCCAGGCCCGUCUGAAGUUUGCUAGACUGCAUUUGGAUGAUCCAGAAGAGGAUUGGGAGAAUGUCAUAUGGUCAGAUGAAACCAAAAUAUAACUUUUUGGUAAAAACUCAACUCGUCGUGUUUGGAGGACAAAGAAUGCUGAGUUUCAUCCAAAGAACACCAUACCUACUGUGAAGCAUGGGGGUGGAAACAUCAUGCUUUGGGGCUGUUUUUCUGCAAAGGGACCAGGACGACUGAUCCGUGUAAAGGAAAGAAUGAAUGGGGCCAUGUAUAGUGAGAUUUUGAGUGAAAACCUCCUUCCAUCAGGAAGGGCAUUGAAGAUGAAACGUGGCUGGGUCUUUCAGCAUGACAAUGAUCCCAAACACACCACCCGGGCAACGAAGGAGUGGCUUCGUAAGAAGCAUUUCAAGGUCCUGGAGUGGCCUAGCCAGUCUCCAGAGCUCAACCCCAUAGAAAAUCUUUGGAGGGAGUUGAAAAUCUGUGUUGCCCAGCGUCAGCCCCAAAACAUCACUGCUCUAGAAGAGAUCUGCAUGGAGGAAUGGGCCAAAAUACCAGCGACAGUGUGUGAAAACCUUGUGAAGACUUACAGAAAACGUUUGACCUGUGUCAUUGCCAACAAAGGGUAUAUAACAAAGUAUUGAGAAACUUUUGUUAUUGACCAAAUACUUAUUUUCCACCAUAAUUUGCAAAUAAAUUCAUAAAAAAUCCUACAAUGUGAUUUUCUGGAAAUUUUUUCUCAUUUUGUCUGUCAUAGUUGACGUGUACCUAUGAUGAAAAUUACAGGCCUCUCUCAUCUUUUUAAGUGGGAGAACUUGCACAAUUGGUGGCUGACUAAAUACUUUUUUCCCCCACUGUAUAUAUAUAUAUAUAUAUAUAUAUAGGGUCAGUACUCACUGAAUGUUUAUAUUGUGAACCUAUGUUAUGUAUUUUUACCCCCUGUUUCAGGAAGUGAUGUGACUGAGUACUGCCCCUAUAUAUAGGACCUUCCACCCCCACCUGGGAUAUUGAUGCCUGAUUAAGACCUAAGGGUCAAAACUAUGUUAUUAUUAAAAUCACCUGGGAUAAUGAGCAGCAGUGUGCGGCAUUUUCCUUUUUAUUUUGCAUGAAUUCACCUACAACUCCAACACCUGCAAAAAGUACCUGGAUGUGCGUAUGUUCUUCAGCUUUUGUCCAUGUUGAAACAUUGCCAGGGAAACUAAACCAAAGCAUUGAUUGCUGUCAUACCUUGUCCAUAGACUGUUUACAGGGUAAGGAAACCAAAGCAUAAUUUUGUAAUUUGGGUGAACUAUCCCUUUAAACCAGGGAUCAUCAACUAGAUUCAGUCGCAGGCCAAUUCUUUUCUUGAGCGGAUGUUCAGGUGGCCAGAACAUUUACAUUUACAUUUUAGUCAUUUAGCAGACGCUCAAACAUAAUUACAAAUAAUUUGUAGACUGCAAAUUGACCACAAGAAGCCCAAACAGAUGUAAUAUUUUACUAAAACAUGGUAAUUUCAAAUAGGACUGGGUGAUAUAUUGAAUUAAUUUUAGUUUAUAUUUUAGCACGAUAUUCCAAAUGCCUGUAUCGCAAGAACCCAUUGAAGUUACAAUUUUAAAGGGUUAAGGUAAGGGUUAAGGUAAGGGUUAAGGUAAGGGUUAAGGUAAGGGUUAAGGUAAAGGUUAUGGUUAAGGGUAGGAUUUAGGGUAGGGAUGUCCCAAGGAUUCCGGAUAGCACACACCAAGCUCCUACCCCUCCUGCCACUCACAACAACAAAGAUGAAAGAUCACUUCUUCCUCUCUGACAACAAGCAGUUUCAAAUCACGAUUUGCAUUUGAGGUUUGGUCCAACAGAAUCGGUCAUACGGACACUGAAACUCAUUGAGACAUUAUUUUACUGUAAUAGACGGGAACCUAACUUUUCUAACAAUACCCUUUUUAUGUCUCAAUUCCUCAAAUUGCGCGAAGAGCAGACCCUAUUCAAACUUGAGUAUCAAUUAACAUUGAUUCUGCAAAAUGAAUGCUCAGUUUCUGUCGCGAGCGGGUACCGCUAGAAGCAUUUUAGCCACAGACUGUUAUACUAGCUGUGUAGUCUGUGUUUUAUAAAUGUGCAAUGAGCAUAAAACACAAUAAUAUAAGGAAUUAACAGCUCAUUUUCAAUCUGAGAAAUUAAGGUAGGCCACUUGAUUUCAACAUCUGAACAAAGUGGACAGGCUAGCAUGCUUUUUAACAGUUGGAGACGGUCAGAAGGGUGUGUUCAUAACAAUUCAACUGUUCUACCUCGUUAGCUAGCAAAUAGAUCCAAGUUGACUUUAAUCAUAAAGAUUAACUGGCUACUCACUAGCACGUGGGCUUGUGCUUGAGAGAUUGUUUAUGAGACCUGUGUUCAUUUUAUAUAAUGCCUGCUGCAAGACGUUGGUCAUUAUAGUCCUGUGUAGCUCAGUUGGUAGAGUGUGGCGUUUGCAACGCCAGGGUUGUGGGUUCGAUUCCCAUGGGGGGCCAGUAUGAAAAUGUAUGCACUCACUAACUGUAAGUCGCUCUGGAUAAGAGCGUCUGGUAAAUGUAAAAAUAAAAUAAAUAAUAAAUAAUAAAAUAAAUUAUUAGUGAAUGCUACAAGACGUUGGUCAUUAUUAGUGAAUGCUACAAGACGUUGGUCAUUAUUUAUUUAUUUACUUUUGCUCAGAAAACUUGGGGGGGCAAAUAAAAUCACCCGCGGUCGCCAGUUGGGGAACCCUAAUUUAAACAGUAGGCUAUAGAUUCUAGUUGUCAGUGCCUCCUAAUGGUUGGACAGAUUUAGUGAAACUGACACAGCUUCUAUUUUUUGGGACAUAAAAUCACCAACCAACGUCCCUUUCCCAAAAGUGUAGCCAAAAUAAAGUGUGGACUAUGUAAUUAACCUUCUAUUAUCUAUUUUUACUACAAGCCUUGGAAGCAAAAAGCACCAAUAUAACAGUUCUGAGACUGCAACCAUUUCUCUGCUGUGUGUGAAUUGUUCUUUAUCCUUUAGAUGGGUUGUGGUGGCGAGGCAGAUGAGAGGAACAGCGGUCUAACUGGGGUCCUUACUAACGGCAGUCCCACUCACUGCCUGAUCCUGAACGGGCAGAAGCCGGACAGACACAUGCACUCGAAAGCGAGGACCCCGCUGGUGCCC